GAGUGUACAGAGAGAGAGAGCAGAGAGCUGAACCUUGUUUUCAUAUUUCUCAUAUCCGCGGUUUUACUUCUCUCAUCUCAACUCUUACAGUACCAAGCCUUGCACAAAGAACAACAUCUCUAAUGUUGGAACUCGGAUUCCGGGUUUUAAUCCUAUGUGGGAUUACAGUUCUCAGAUUGGAUUUAAUCCUUAGCUCAGACGUUAGUUCACACAAUUCUUAUUUUGACGGGAGAAGAUUGGACGAUAUCAGAACCGACAUAAUUCUACUCUCCGACCCGGAGAAUAUUAGAACGAAGCGAGAUACUAAUUCAUCCGGGAGUCAAGUAACCAACUCAACUGAAUCCUCCGAAAUAUCAGACCCGGAUUUAAAACGGGGUUACUCACAGUCCAACGAGUUCUUGAAUGAUGUUGAUAUCAGUGAAGAUACAAUAAAAAAUACUAUUCAGAGUCAUAAUCAUUCUAUUUCAAGCAAAAAUGAAACCACCAAGUACUACCAGACGGAUUUCCUUGUGUCGGGGGACCAGUAUUUCCGGGACCUGGACUUGGUCAACCAUACAGGAGAGUUCAAGGGUCUGGUUCAGGAGCACUCAAUGCUCUCACAGUCCUACAGGAGAGCAGCAACCAUAAAUCUCAAGUUCAGAUUUCCUUUCUACGGACACGAAGUUGAGAAUAUAACAAUAGCAACUGGUGGAUUCUUGUACACGGGGGAUUAUGUACACUCCUGGCUUGCGGCAACACAGUAUAUAGCACCAUUAAUGGCAAACUUUGACACCUCAAACAAUCAGGAGGCGAAGAUUAGAUACCUGGAUACAGGAGAGCUUUUGGUCGUUGAGUGGAAGGAUGUUUAUCUACAAGAAAGAGAGAAGGAAGGACCGUUCACCUUCCAGGUUACAUUGAACAAGACGGGGGAUAUAUACUUUGCUUACUACAAGAUCCCCCUCGCCAUCACCACCAUACAGGACGAGGAGCAUCCGGUUAAAGUCGGACUAUCAGACGCCUACAUCAUAGACAGAACCAUCUUCUUUGUAAGGAGGAAAACAAUCUAUGAGUAUCAUCGUGUUAACUUGAAGAAUGAGAAUAUAUCUAGUCACACUGCUAUAGUGUUCAAGGCACUAUUCACAUGUAACACCCAGAAGACAUGCUCAGAGUGCCUAGCUAGCCGUGGUCCCCAGGAGACUAUAGAGUGUAAGUGGUGUCCAUCAACUGGACGCUGCUCUGAUGGUAUGGAUCGUAAUAGACAGGAUUGGAUUACGAACGGUUGUGACAAGAGCUUUUACUCCAACCUCAGUACAUGCACAGCACCCCCGGUCCCAUCUCCUCAAUCUCCUGCUACACCUGGAGAACAGGCUCCCAGGAGUGCAGAUCCUUCCUUUAUUUCAACCCAAGAUCCUGCUGUAAGUACGGGAGGAUUAACAGCUGUAGUAAUCCUUGUAUCGCUGGUCCUGCUGAUCUUCGGUUGGAUCGGAUACGCAUACUUCUAUCCUCACACCUGGUCAGGACAGAUUCUUAUAAAGUACCGACCUGGAGCCUGGAGAUGGAGGCAAGGUGGAACCAGAUAUACUGCAGCUUCCAUUCAUAUGUAAUCUAUACCAGCACACUUUCAAUAUUAGGAAAAUGAAUUGUUCACAAAUUGCAGAAAUCCAUUCAUUAUCUAUUAAUGGUUCUUCGAGUGGAACAGAAUGGAUCUUAACUCUUCUCUUUAGGAAGAAACAGGAAAAUCUACGAAUUGUCGGCCUACAUCUAGUAUUACACAGUACACAUUUAUAAACUAGGCCUACCAUAGACUUGGAAUCUAGAAUCUAUAUAUACAUAUAUAUCUAAUUAUUCACAUGUCUGUAAAAAGGUUCGAGAAUAAAAUCGGAGGCUCAAAAAAAAGAAGUUUAAGGAUGAAGUUCGUAUUUAAUGAAGCAUAAAAUUUAAAUGAACUCCGAUUAAUUUUCUACCUGUGCCAUUUUAAAUAGCUUUAUAUUUUACAUGUUCAUCUUUGAAGCUUUAUAAAGCUUUGAAAUUAUUAAUAGAAAGUAAUGUAAUUAAGAUUUAACUGGAUUAAAAGACAAUUUUUAUUACAUGCGUGCGUACUGCGUAAGGUAGAGGUUCUGGUCUAAAUAGAAAUAAAAUGCGAGAAAAACUGCUAAAACUGAUUUUUACAAAAUAUUUUUAAAAAUUGCUGGAUUUAAGAGAAUUGCGCGGAAACGUAAUUUCUGAAAGACCAGAAUUUCAACCGAAGGCAGACUUUUAUGCUCAAGCUAAGCUUUUUUAUGUCCAUCAAAUUUGAAAAAAAAACAUAACGUUUCUGGCAUUAAAAUUGUAUAACCAAAAAUCCGCGAAUCUUAUCAGUUGUGUACACUUAUUUUUUCCUUCGCCAAUCAAUGUUUUAACCUCGAUAUGAAUACAAGUUUUAGUCAACAUUGUAAAUUUCGACUCGCUUUAUAUUUGUAUGUUUAAUCUAGGGUCGAAACUCUCAAAACAAACUUUCUUGUUUACUCUGCCCUUCCUUAAUAUUAAA